CCUGUAACCUCGGUUUAAAAAUAGCGUGAUGGAGACGGUAUCAGGCCUUGUUCGAGUUUCUCUUCCCAAUUACUUGAAAAAUCUUCCAUUUCCCGACUCAUUUGAAGGACUUGCCGAUAUGUCAGGUGGUGACUGGUUGAGACUUUUGCCAUUUGUUGGAACAGUGUCAUUGAUGGUAUAUUUCACUGUGCAAGCAUUUCUGCCAUCGAAGAAAAAGAUUCCAAUCAACCCAGAUAUUCAAAAAGAAUGUGAGAAAGUGGCAACAGCUGUAGACAUUGAAGAUCUUGCAGAGAAAAGUGUAUUUUGUAGAUGCUGGAGAUCAAAGAAGUUCCCAUACUGUGAUGGUACUCAUAAUGCACACAACAAGGAAACUGGUGACAAUGUAGGGCCACUCGUCAUCAAAAGAAAAAGCUAAGUUAGGAAUGAAGAUAGAAGGGACAUUAUGGGUGUAUAAAACAUAGCAGCAAUUUCUACAAACUAUUAUCAGUGAAAAUAGGAAAAAGCAUUUGUCUGGUAAAGUGCUUCCAUCAGAGAAAAAAAAAAUUGUCAUUUGAUUAGUGGUAUUUUAAAUGAAAACAUUUUCAUAGUAUAUUUUUUUUCCAAUUUCUAUCAUAGAUGUCAAAGAAAUGUGCAGGAAAGUAGUAAGAGUUAGAACUAGCCAGAAUAUCUUAAAAAGUAUAAUUUGGUAAGUUAAAGCUGUUUUGUGGUUAUGUCAGAAAUAAGCAUUUAUGAGUGGCUUGAUAAGGUUGUGACAACAAAUUGAGGAAAGGGUUCAACGCAGAUUUGAAUGGUCAGAAGUAGACAAAAUGUAGGCAUCUCUAUUCUAUAGUUAAAGUUGCACGAGAAAUUGGGUUAAUUUUUUAAUCAUACUGGUAAAGUUGAACCAAUGUCUGUGUAAAAAUAUUUAAUUUCGACGAAAUGAAUGUUUAACAGGUACUAAGUUAUCACAAUUCUUUGUGUUUAUUCAUUUUCCUGCCAAUAUUUUCUGUAAGCUUCCAUGGAUAAACGUUUUUCAGAUGAAGAACUUGAGCUAGAAAAUUAAGGGGAUUAAAUGAAAUUCUACAAUUACUAGGGUGUGUAGUAAUUCUCUUAGAAGAUUGUUGCAUUAUUAUUAUUUUUUUUAUUAAUUAAUUCUUUUUUUUUUUGUGAUCAAAUCACUUUUGCAGUAUGACAUGAUCAAAUUAGUACUGUAGUAUGACUCACGACUGAUUGCUUUAGUAUUGAUUUGCACACUUUAUUUUUCGUGUUGGUUAAAUCAUGCUUGUAUGGAGUCGAGUUUGCCACGUAACCAUACUCACUGUGCAACUUACUUUUGUUGAAUAAAAAGUUUCUGAAACUUCAA